AUGUCUCGUCAUAGCUUCAGGCCCCCAGGUCCUAUGCCCAUGGGUCCUCCAGGCAUGACAAUACCCAAUAGGGGAGUUAAUCCCCUGCGUACACCGCAGGACAAAGUCGAUGAAUUCUGGGAGAAAUUCACCACCAAGGCACCAGGAAAAGGCAGGUUUAUCCUAAACAAGCGCUUGAGUUGGACGAAAGAUCGCUUCAUUUUUUUCCCCAUUACCUUGCUUCCCAAGAAUGAGCUGACAGAAAAGCUUGCCAAACGCUCCGCGGCUAAAGACCUCGCUGGAGGCGAGACCACGGCGACGACAAGGUCGUAUGAGGAAGCAGCCGCCCUUUGCAAGGCCAAAGUCGCCCAGAUCGUUAGUGAGUGCCGCCGAGUGAACCAGAAGUACCGUGACCCACACUUCGACCUCGACUUCGACCUGCGUACUGGCCGCCGCGACUGUCUCGAGUCGCUGAGUAAUGACAAAGGCGACUACUAUUACCCGUCGGACAGCGACUCGGAGGAUAGCAUAACCAGCUAUUAUCGAGGGGUUCGAGGAUCCGGAGACUUGGGUCGUGUUUCUAAUAAGACUCGGAACGUCAGAAAGGACCAGGCUGCCGGUGGUGAGAAAAAAGAGGGGGCCGAGACUUCGGGGCUCACGGAAUUUGCAGAUGGGUAUGGCACAAGGUGUCGCUCUCGUUGGCCUGGUGCCGACCUCAAACCCCAGUCUGUCAAGAGGGUUGGAGAAAUUUUUGAUGAUCCCAAGUUUUUCAUUGAGGGACCUAGCGCGAACGAUGUUCGUCAGGGCCAUAACGGCGACUGUUGGUUGAUGGCUGCUCUGUGUACCUUGAGCAACAAGCCGGGCCUCAUUGAGAGGGUCUGCGUAGCUCAAGAUCCGGAUGUGGGCGUGUAUGGGUUUGUGUUCCAUCGCGAUGGCGAGUGGUUCAGUGAGAUCAUUGACGACCAACUCUACCUCAUCAAACCAGACUACGACCAGGCCUUUACGGAGAAUGGCGACCGCAACCUUGACCGCAUCCUUUGGGAUAAAGUCCAGCGCGAUGAGGACACAGAGGAAAUCUACCGCAAGACGUAUCAGUCGGGCAGCAGCGCUCUGUACUUUGCGCAAUGCGCUCACCCCAAUGAAACCUGGCUCCCGUUGCUGGAAAAGGCCUACGCCAAAGCCCAUGGCGACUAUGCAGCGAUUGAGGGAGGUUAUGUCGGUGAAGGGAUAGAGGAUCUCACUGGCGGCGUCACUACGUCGCUGUUUACGGCUGACAUCCUUGAUAAGGAGUACUUCUGGAAAGAAGAGCUGAUGAAGGUCAACCAGGACUUUUUAUUCGGUUGCGCGACCGGUUUGUGGGGUCUCGGAUGGGGAGAGCGAAGGGGCAUUCAGGAGCAUCAUGCAUACUCGAUUAUGCGUGCUGUCGAGAUCGACGGCCAGCGGCUUCUUUUACUCAAGAAUCCUUGGGGUAAAGGGGAGUGGAAGGGGGCUUGGAGUGAUGGCUCCAAGGAGUGGACCCCGGAAUGGCUGAAGAAGCUGAAUCACCGAUUCGGUGACGAUGGAGCUUUUUGGAUGUCGUACAAAGACCUCCUGCGGAAGUUUACAACCUUUGAUCGUACCCGACUGUUUGGCCCCGAGUGGCGAGUGACCUCGAUGUGGACGACUCUCAACGUGCCGUGGGCACGCGAGUACCACCACACAAAGUUUUCCUUCACACUGGCCAAGAAAAGUUCCGUCGUGAUCGUUCUUUCGCAGCUGGACAGCAGGUAUUUCCGUGGGCUUGAAGGCCAGUACAGGUUUGGUCUCGCCUUCCGCGUUCACCGUGCGGGCGAAGAAAACUACCUGGUUCGUACGCACACAAACUUCCUUAUGACACGAUCUUGCAAUGUAGAACUUGAGCUGCAGGCCGGGGAGUACACUGUCCUUGUCAAGCUUGAUGCCACGCGCGUCGAUGGACUUUUGCCCCCCGAAGAAGUUGUCCGCCUGAACGUCAAAAAACGUCGGGAGAAAUUGCUGCGCAUCGGCCUUGCGUACGAUAUCGCCCAUAGCAAAGCUCGGAUUGUCGAGACGGAAGAAGAAAAGGCCGCCCGUGAGGCCUAUGAGAAACGAAAGCGCGAAAAAUUGCGGAAGAAGCUGCGCAAGGAGCUUAAUGAGAGACGCAAAGAAGACUACUAUCUGAGCUGGAAGAAAACCCGAGAGGAAUGGAAAACCAAAGCUCGCGAUAGGAAGGUAGAAAAGAAGUUGAACAAAAAACUCCAUGACAAGCGCAUGGCAGCCAAGGAAAGGGCAGCUCGUAAGAGAAGAGAAAAGAUGGCGAAGAAAGUUAAGCGGGCCGAGGAUGAAAAGGAAGAUGAGCCCAGCGGAAAGGAGAUCGUCGACAAGAAACAAGAGCAACUUCAGAAAGAGAAGGACGACAAGGCUGUUAAUCAACAUCAAUCCGAUGGCAAUGAUUCCGCAGAUACCCGGAAUGAAGAAGAGAAGUCGACGGAGACCAAGGCCGGCAUUGCUCAACAACAGUCCCAUGAGGAGAAACCUGCAAAAGUGACAACAGAUGAGUCAAAAAGCGUGGAUGACGAGCAAGAGUCAGCGUCAAAUGCUUCUGAGGGCGCGGAAGCGACACCCUCUUCUUCGAGUCGACCAGCAGCGGAUGUGGCCCAUCAAAAUCCAGAGAAAAGAAGUGAGGAAGCUCCUUCCACUCCCGAGUCGGCAAUCUUGUCAGCUAAGAGCAACACUACGGACAAAAAGCCAAAUACAGUAGAGCCCUCAACUGAAGAAGCCGCCUGCUCCACCAAGACAGCUGCUGAGAGAACAGGAGGCGAUGAAUCAAAGCCUUCCGAAGACAAGCCUGCUUCUCCCAAAGAUUCUCAGGUUCCUGUACACGAGGCUUCUGGAGAUAAAGGCCCUGCUGGUAGCAAGAGAGCGACCAAGGCUGAUCAACCCGAGCUCGAAGCCAAACUUCGUAAAGCCCUUGAUAUCAUUUCCGCGUUCAAGUCAGAGCUCGAGGGUCUGCUCGGCGGUGAGGGUGCUUCUAAGGGCAGACAAGAUGACCGAGACGACCAUGACAAGACGAAAGAUGAGGUUGAAUCACACCCAGACGAGUCAAUUCACAAGCCACCUCAUACGCGUGAUCAACCAGACCACGAGUCGACUCACGAAGCAGACCAGGCUACCCACAGGUCGGAACCGGAGGAAUCAGAGGAUGAAUUCAGCGACCACGGAUCUCCCUCACCCUCCGACUACGACUUUAGCCUCCCAUCACUGUCUGACGUCUCCGAUACCGAGCUAGAACAGCACGUCAAGGCGUAUGAGGAGAGUGAGAAACUUGGAUCAGGCGGCCUCAACAGGCCAGCUCAAGUUGUGCUACCAGGACCUGGACUAGAAUCAGUGCCCCCUCCGCCGGGUAUUAUGCCGGGACCUUCUGGCGAUGAUGAGCCAGAGCCGUGGAACGCGGUUGCGGUUGUCGGGCUGAGGAUUUAUUACAAAGUUUCGGAGGAAGAUAAGGAUACGGAGGGACUGGUGAAGAUCAAGGUUGUUAGACCUGAUCCUUGGGCUAUUAGUGAUAGUGAGGAUGAAGAGGAUGAUGAAGGUGAAGAGGGUGAUGAUGAGAAGGAGAAGAGAGAGGAGGAAAAGAAGGAAGAGUGUGAUAGCCAGGACGUGGAGGCGGAGAACAAGAGUGAAGAACGUAGCAAGGAAGAGGUGGAGGGGAUUAAGGGAGAGGAUGAGAAGAAUCAUGUGGAAGAGAAGGAAGCAAAACAAGAGGAUGAGAAAGUAGAAAAGAAAGAGGAGAAAGAAAAGAAGGGAAAUGAAGAGGCGAGCAAGGAGAGAGAGAAGAAUGACGAUCGUAAGAGACCGAAGUUGGAAAAGCAGGAUUCGAAGGCUCCGAAACUGGAGCGGAAUGACUCUGGAAGAACUCCAAAAUUUGAACGGAAGGACUCAGGAAGGAUUCCAAGGUUGGAGAGGAGGGAGUCCUCAAGAGUGGAUGAAGCGAGAGUGUUGGAUGUCGAUGAUAGCGCCAAGGAUGCUGCACUAAAGGGAGAGGCAGAGUGA